CAACAUUCCUUAGCCAUGAGCACAUUUUCUCCCCUCGGCAUCCUCUUUUCUUUCUUUCAUAUGUUUAAACUGGAACCAUUCAUUAUGACUUUAUUUUUUCUGGGAAGAAUCCUUGCAAGAACAGGAAGACUGACUGGAUUGUUUGGAGAUGACCAAUUCCUCUACAUUUAGGGCUUCUUCCAGGAGUUAAGCAAUCUCCACGGUGAGCUGGACCAUUUCUCCCAUCUGCAGCCUUUGCAGCUGACCUUCACCAUUGGGCAGAGGGUGGCAUGCCACGUGUGACCUUCCCUCUGCCACUCCUCUUCUCCUAAGCUCCUGUCUCCAGUAAUUUCAUCACUUCCUGGAAGAGUCUUCGGUCUAUUUUACUGUUGGUGUUUAACAAACACCAGCCUGUAAGGGCCGGGCCAAGCUGAAGGAAGAUUGACAGCUCAAGAUUCCAAAAGCCAACUUCCCAGAGUGACUCCCUGACUUCCAGAGGAGGGGGCAGGAGAGCAGUGGGCCGGUGGCACAGAGCUGAGACAUGAUGGAAUCCGGCUUUACCUCCAAGGACACUUAUCUAAGUCAUUUUAAUCCCCGGGAUUACUUGGAAAAAUAUUACAGCUUUGGGUCCAGACACUGUGCAGAAAACGAAAUCCUCAGGCAUCUGCUGGAAAAUCUUUUUAAGAUAUUCUGCCUUGGUGGUGUGAAGGGAGACCUCCUGAUUGACAUUGGCUCUGGUCCCACCAUCUAUCAGCUUCUGUCUGCCUGUGAGUCCUUCAAGGAGAUCAUUGUCAGUGACUACACAGACCAGAACCUUUGGGAGCUGCAGAAGUGGCUGAAGAAGGAGCCGGGGGCCUUUGACUGGUCUCCAGUAGUCACCUAUGUGUGUGAUCUUGAAGGGAACAGAACCAAGGGACCUGAGAAGGAGGAGAAGUUGAGGCGGGCAAUCAAACAGGUGCUGAAGUGUGAUGUGACGCAGAGCCAACCUCUGGGUGCGGUCUCUCUGCCUCCUGCUGACUGCCUGCUCAGCACCCUGUGCCUGGACGCUGCCUGCCCUGACCUUCCCACCUACUGCACUGCCCUCAGGAACCUGGGCAGCCUGCUCAAGCCAGGGGGCUUCCUGGUGAUGGUGGAUGCCCUUAAGAGUAGCUACUACAUGAUCGGAGAGCAGAGGUUUUCCAGUCUUCCCCUAGAAUGGGAGGCUGUUCGAGACGCCGUGGAAGAGGCUGGCUACACCAUUGAGCAGUUUGAGGUGAUUUCUCAGAAUUACUCUUCUGCCUCAGCCAACAAUGAAGGACUGUUCUCCCUAGUGGGGCGCAAGGCAGGUGGAGCUGAAUGAUAUACUGUGAUCCCAAUUAAAGGCUUGCUGGUUCAUUUCAGAUUGUGGCUCUGACAGCAGUGCUCAUUGUGUCGUGUAGAAGCUGACUGGUGGGCUCCAUGGUUCAGGGUGGGGUGGGCAGUCAAGGAUGAGCUCAUGGACCAUUCCUCUGUGUUCCAUACAUGUAUUAAUGCCAGGAGAGUAACUGAGACAUCUGGUCUCCUCUACCUGUACUCACAAAAGAAGCCUCACCACCUCAAGCAUGCAGUUACAGCCACACCUGUUAACCAUACGUGAAUCAAGCCCACACCUGCCUACGGAGACAUCAGCUAUUCACCGUUAACCUCCCAGGAAGAUGCUGUAUCCUUCUCUUGCCUUCUUUCUGGAGAAACUGGCUUACCCCAGCCUCUGAUGCUGAUGAAUCUGCUCUGGGCUCAGCAAGUCUCUAAUAGACUUCUCCGACACUGGCACUAGUCUGACUUCAGGGACCAGGGGACAGCUGGCCUGUAUUUCUUUCGAUUCAUCCCAGUGAUCCAAUUCUUUUCUUUUCUAAAGCUCAUCUUGUUUUCAGAUUAUAUCUAAUCUCUAUGUGCCUCGGUUUCCUCAUCUGCAAAAUGAGGUUGAAAUAGAACUGCUUGUUAAGAUAAUGAAAAUGGAUUAUAAGCUAGAAAGAAUCCAGAGGGAUGCUUGGUACCCAGUGAGCAUCUAAUAAAUGUUAAGGAUCGUGAUCAUCAUUAUCAUUACAAUCAUCAUAUUCCCAUCUUUGCUAUGAGUUGCCCAAGCAGCUGAGAUGUUUCCAACCCCACGUAGAAGAGGGGUCCUACUCAGGGCUCUCCUCUGCUGUGGCUGUCAAGAGCACCUACAAGAAAACAGUUUCCACACCACACGCCGCCAGUUCCUUUCUGAUUCAAGAGCUAUCCAGCAAACAUGUAUUUAGCAUUCUCUUCCCUCUGCCAGGCCCUGGGAAUGGAAAUGAAGCCCCAGUGUCAGCUAGCUCAAGAGCCCUCAUCUUUGCAAACACAGUGACAUGACAAGUGCUCCCAGAUGCUGCCAGGCAGUGCUCUCUUCAAUUCCCACCCAGUCUUGCAGCUCAGCAUCUUCUGCUCCCACUGUCCUGUCUGACAGUGCCUGAAGCUGGGGGUGGGGUGGCAAAUGGAGAAAGCUACUCCCCUGCCUGUGUGUAAGAGACAUGAUGGCUUCCUGCCCGAGAGGCAGAGAACACAGUCUGCCUAUACCAGGGUUGGCCAAGAGCCAGAUAGCAAAUACUUUUUAGCUUUGUGGGUCAUACAAUCUUUUCUUACUGAUUGACUGAUUGAUUGAUUGAUUGAUUGAUUGAUUGAUUGAUUGAGGAGUAAGUGGGUGAGUGUGAGUUAGACAGUGUCUCACUAUGUAGUUCUGGCUGUCCUGGAACUAGCUCUUGUAGACCAGGCUGGCCUUGAACUCACAGAGAUCCACCUGUCUCUGUCUCCCAAGAGCUGGGAUUUAAGGCAGUCUCUGAUGUUCCUGGCCUUGAUCAUAUAGUUUUGAUCAUAGUUAUUCAAUCCCGUAUUGGAAUGAACCAUAGAUGACAUGUAAACGAAAAUGCAACUUCUUUUACUAAAACAGGUGGGUGGGUAGGUUUGGACCAAGGACCGUGAUUUAUAGACCUUUGAUCUGGGAUCAGAAGCAGCCCUAUUUGUGGUUCAAAUUUAAUGAAUCUCUGUGUUCACUUUGAUUAUCUUGUGAUAUUCAGUCCUACUUGUAAGGGAGCUCAAACCCUACACACGGGUCAGGACCGGGGACAGGUGGGAUACUAUUUCUUCUCACUCUGUCCUUACUCUUUCUCUCUCUUUAUUGCUGUCUCCCUCAAUCAACCCCACCUCCCAUUUGAAUGCAUUCCAUAAAAACAAACAGAAAAUGAGGGAACUAGUCGGGGCAGGGGAAUGCCAGAUAAAAUGUUCACCACACCAAUAUUUUCACAGUGAAAGUUACAAUACUCACUGGAGUAUCAUAAAAAUCCAACAAGGCACCACAAUGCACAUUAUAAAAAUGACAGAGAACAAAACUGGGCAGAAACAAAUCCCUGAAAAUAGAGUAGCAUGCAACAAUAUUUUACAAAGUUUUGUUUUGCAGAUCAUAUCUAUCUUAGCUGGCCUGCAUUUAGGCACAGCUAAGUUGGCACUGUAGGCUUCUUUUACCCAGAGAUAGCUUUGUGGCUAUGUAUCUAUCUGGAAGAUAUUUAUUACACGAUCGUUACUGCUAUUUUAAUUUCAUUUCUGUUGCUGUGAUAAAACACUGACAAAAAGCAAAUUAUGGGAGAAAGGAGUUUACUUCAACUUACAAUCCAGGUUACAGCCCACCAUUGUGGGGAAGGAAAGGAACUUCGAGCAGCUAAUCACAUCACAUCCACAGUCAAGAGCAGAGAGACAGGGAUGCACACAUGAUCAAUUGCUUUCUUGUCCUUGGCCCAGUCUCACCACUCUUCCCUGCCUAGGCAGUGGUGUUUCCCACAGUGGGCUGGGUCUUCCCACAUCCCUUGAUUUAAUAAUACCAUGUCCCCAAAGACAUCCCCACAGGCCAAGCCAACGUAGACUCUCAUUCUAGAUGAUUCUAGGUUGUGUCAAGUUAACAAUUAAAGCCAAUCAUCGAAACUUAAUGAUGCAUUUGAUGCUGGAGUAUGAUAUAGCACAUAUUUCUUACUGACUGUGAUCCAAAACAUUGGAAAAACAACUUGCCUGUCAUCUGGGCUUCUGAGAUUGGGUUAUGAGUACCCACACUUUUUUUUCUUU